UAACUAUACCUCAUCUCGGCUUCGACAAAGCAUGAACUUUGCGUUUUGAAAGCUCUACCCAAUAAAAAGGAUAUCGUUUGAUAGGCUGGGAACCACGAACUAUUAUUUUGGUUAUUAAUCUGGUUUAUUUACGUACAAUUAUUAUCGGAAUUGAGUAUUUGUUGAAUUAAGCUCUUUAAUUUUAGUUACAUCAAUACUUUGAAUUAGUAUAUUGUCCUGUGGAGUCCUGUGGAGUGUUUUCAGCAGAACAAAGUACAAUGGGGAACACAUUCUCUGAAAAGAAAAGGGGCUUUCGUCUAGGCUCCAGACGAACCGCUUCAUCGUUACCGACACCCUGUAGUAACAAAAUUGCAACAACAGGCUCGUCCUCGCUGUCAACGCCAAUCCCAUGCAUUUCCGAGCUCGAGGAGACUCCGAAUGCCCCCAGAACAUCGCGACAGGCAUCAGUUCCCCGCAUUUCGGCUCCGCAGAGUUCCGCCAUAUGUAUUUCCGAAGUCGAUGUAGGCGUAUAUCCCUCAACAGCAGCCCCGCUCCACGUGGAUGCUGUGGACGGCGAGAUCAGGGAUGAAGACGAGGGUUAUAUCAACAUUCCUGUCUUUUCUAACGACGAGCAAAGGUCAUUUCAAGAGGAUCAAAGUUCCAUCGAAGAAGAAACACCGAUUGAAAGUCUACAGAGAGGUGAAACUGCUAGAUCGAGCAAAACAAGUUCCUCUUCAAAGACUUCGGAUUCGGGAAAUUCGUCACAACCAAGCGAUGACUAUCUUACACUGUUGGAUAGUAACGUGAGAAGGAAAUGCCCUGUCCACUGUCUGCAACAUAAGAUUCGCAGAAAAAUGAAGGAUCCAAGCGAUAUCAAGUUUAUGGUAGACGUGUACAAAGAGCUGAUUGUGAAAACUGUGCAAGUUAAAGAUGUCCUUGUAUCCCUUCACCAUGUUAUAGAUGAUGCAUGUUACUCGGAGAUCGAAGAGUUGCAAGAAAAGAAGUCUAACAAGGAGUUGAUGGAAUCGCUUCUGAAAUAUAUUGAAGAUUCAUCUGCGCCGGGAAAAUGGCAAUCAUUUAUUGACGCUCUGAACGAACAUGAAUAUCUUUUCCUUGUACAACUACUGCUACACAAAACGGAAGAUGAUCACCACGAACACAGAGCAUUGCUCAAGGUUUUAUCACCAACCUUGCUUAAGAAUAUCUCAAUCAACGAAUGCCUAGAUACAUUGUAUUCGAAAGGAAUAAUACCAGAAAACGAAAGAGAUCGCAUUGAGCGAUUUGACAAAAACUUCGGCCCGAUAGAAGCUACCAGAGAAAUCAUCAAGGUAGUGCCGCGCAGAUCUCCACUUUGGAUAAAAGAGUUUGCGGGCGUUUUGAAAGACAACUUUAUGACAAAUAUUGCAGAAUUGUUCUACAUUCCAGAAGAAGAAAUGGAAGGCGAUUGUUCUAAUGAUUGUCAAGCUUAUUUACCAACUGUGGACGUUCCCUCUGUGACGAUUAAAAGUGAACUGCGUCCAUGCUGGCAACCGGACGAUACUUAUAGUAGUCAUGAAAUCUUCGGCAAUUCUUGCGGCAAUGGCUAUAACGAGAUUAGGGAAAGUCUUCGAACGAUCCAAAACCACAUUGAAAUACAAACCGAGAUGAUUAAAAGGAUGGACUGUACUGUAGAAAGGCAUUCUUUGGAAAUCCAUGAAAUGCGCGAUAGUCAGGCUAAAUUGUCCCCGAAUUCAAGAUUAGAUACCAUUGAAAGUGAAAUGAAAGAUAUCAAAUCUACACAGACAUAUACAAAGAAUAAAGUACACAAUAUGAAACGCUAUGUGAAAGAUAUUCAUCAGAUAAUGUUGCCAACUUCGAGCCUACCUCCAGUCUGCGGGCGGAUGACCGGAAGUGACAGUGGAAUUGUGUUUGACGGUUCAGGAAGUGGGGUCGCGUUAAGGCCACAUUAUCUCAGUGAUAGAAACCUGAGUAGCACCCAUCUCUGAUACGAUGAGUAACACAACCGGACUUACCCAUCUCUGAUACGAUGGUUCAUUCCAAAUAAGUGACACAUCGCAACAUCUGGCUCUGGAUGUACAAUGUUUGAUCAUAUCUCAGAUGAAACUAGCAUUUGAAUCCUUGUUUGAUAUGACUACCUUGUCCAGUCUACAACAAAAUCACAUUUUGACAUUUAGAAAGGUGUAUAAUUGCACGUAGUGUGUUUACGUUUGCUUAAGAUACAUAUGAACGCGGUAUGAUACUAUGGGACGUAAGUGGCAGGUCUGAAUUGCAAUGUAACACAUAUUACAAAGUACAGUGUUUAUAUUCGACUCUCUUAUCGAAUUUGUAUAAUGUAUUCAUAUGUUUAUAGCCUAAAGGCAUUAUGUACAAAACUCGUUUAACCGAAAUCAGCGUUAUGAAGCUUUAUGUGUGACUAUUAAUACAACAUGUUUAAAAAUUAUUUUAGUUUUUAAUAUUAAACAUGUUUUGACAAAUCACUGACAUUGAUUAAAUUAUCAUUGUGUACCAUUAAGAAGGAGAAACCCCCAAAUAUCAAAUUUGUUUUCAAAAGCUAUACCUUGAGGGCCAUGUUUUAAUAAGCCUUUCUUUAUACAAUUGUAAUCGUUAAACUCAAAUAAUACAAUAUGUUAUAUCAUCGUUCGGUGUUUUCAACUAAUCAUUAGAUAAUGACUAUUAUUGUAUAUCAUAGCCCACUCUAUCUGGGCACGAGGUGGUUCACUUCCAUUCUACAGUUAACUAGUUUUGUAUAUUCACUAUCAUAUAUAGCCUCAAAACCUUUGUGUUGUUAUCAACUGUCUCUUGACUAUACUUGACUAUAUGACUUAAGAUUCAUCAAUAGGUUAUUACAUGUCAGCCUCUACUUUUAUAUACGAAUGUUAGUAUAACAGUGAGAGUAAAACCAUACUUAACCCCCGUUUAUACAUAAACCAGUAGUGUUGUCACUGUCCUCACACUUGCUGUAACCAAUGUAUAAAGUGUUUAAACCAAUGCCCCUUUAAAUUCUUGUUUAUUUUGUAUCAUCAUUUCAGGUUAUAUGGUCCUUGUAGUUCCAGUUCGUUUAAACUAAUUACGGUCAGUUAGAUUGUGGCGAAUGCUUAUAAAGUCUCUCACGCGUCCGUUUUCUGGGUUAGGAAAUGGUAUACUGGUGUCCUUUUUGAGAGGCCGUGAUAAAGUACUCCUGGCGGGGAUCGAACCAACAACCUUCUGGAUGAGAGGCAAACACAUACCACGAGAUCAGUCCCUCCCUUUUGGGGAUUGAACCAACAACCUCUUGGGUGGGAGGCAGACACAUAUAACACGAGAUCACUUCCUCCCUUUUGGGGAUCGAAGCAACAACCUCUUGGGUGAGAGCCAGACACAUAUACCACGAGAUCACUUCCUCACUUUCGGGGAUCAAACCAACAACCUCUUGGGUGAGAGGCGUACACAUACCACGAGAUCAGUCCCUCCCUUUUGGGGAUUGAACCAACAACCUCUUGGGUGAGAGGCGUACACAUAUACCACGAGAUCACUCCUCCCUUUUGGGGAUCGAUCCAACAACCUCUUGGGUGAGAGGCGUACACGUAAACCACUAAAUCACUGUCAUCCCU